CUCAUUGUGUCCUCAGCUGGGGAAUGCAACUUCUGUUGUGUGACAGUAACACAACCCAAACUGUAAUUGCAGCAAUGGGCUCUUACAGUCAGCAUUGGCGCAAGUGAGAGAGUUGUGCAAGUGUGACACAGAAGCAUUUGUGGUGCACCUGGUCUCCGAUCGUCUAUGACAGCGAGCCCGGCGCACGUAGGAUGGCUGCGGAGUUCAUAAAGAGCUGCUGUAAAGGGUGUUUUCAGAGCGACCACCGGAAAGCACUGACUGACCAGGGAAGUCUUGAUGCAGCCAGGAAAGGGUCCCACAUCGUGGAGCUUCCCCCCAUGUCUGCUGUUUCUAUUAGACGGCAGGUGGGGUGUACGGAGGAUUACCUGCUCUCCAAACUGCCCCCGGACGGGAGAGAUGUCCCUUUCAUCGUUCCAACAUUCAAACCGUCCUACAUUCAGCCGAGAACUGUGACCAGUCCCACUCACCAGGACGAGCUGAAAGGGUCGGCGAGGGCCACAUUCACCGACAGAAAAUCAGAACUCACAACAACGUAUCAAAAAGGAGCAAAUUAUGACGUGGUUUAUAACCCCAGCUUUGUCCUGCAGCACAUCUCACCCGAUCUAACCAGAAGGGGGACACUGAACGAAAACACCGCCAGAUUAUAUGGCUCAGUCUGUGACCUGAGGAACAUCAAGGCGGCCGAUUCCCCCGGCCUGAGCACCUCUCUGUAUGACCUGAGCGGCUAUAUCCAGAGGUACGAUUCUGUGUCCAGCGUACGAAGCAGUAAUUCCUCCAGGAAAGACUCGCAGGGCAGUAACCGCAGCCUCGACACAAUAACAUUGUCCGGGGAUGAGCGGGAGUUUGGAAGAUUGCAUUUCAGACUGCGGUAUGUUACAGCCGUGGAACAAAUCUGGAUUACUGUGCUACAACUGAAAGACCUGUCUUGGCCGGGAAGCUGCGGAGAUUCCCCCAGUAUCUAUGUAAAAGGCAUCAUUACCCUGCCCAAAGCCGUGCAGUUCAAGUCCUCCGCCAAGGAGGCUGCGCAGGACAUGGAAUUCAUGGAAACAUUUGUAUUCGCCAUCAAGUUACAAAGCUUGCAGAACGUAAGGCUGGUCUUCAAGGUCCUCAGUCUGACUCCCCGCAAGAGAACCAUCAGCAAGUGCUCCGUCUCCCUGCGGGACCUGGGCGAGGAGGAGAGUGACCACUGGCUAGAUGUGGUUCCAUCCUCCAAGGCACCGGCGUGCCACGCAGAGCUCCUGGUCGGGACCUGUUUCCAGGCAAUAAACAGCAGGAUCCAGUUACAAAUCCUGAAGGCACAGAACCUGCCCAGCUCCUCCACGCCUCUGACCAUACACUUCUACGUGAAGGCCGAGAUGUUCAGCACAGAGGGGCUCCUGUACAACAAGAAGACGCGUCCGUUGAAGUCCUCGCAUGCCCAGGUGAACUGGGGGGAGACCAUGAUGUUCCCAGUGACGCAGAAGGAGGAAGGAAUCAACUUCCUGAUAAAGCUGUACAGCCGGAGUUCAGUCAGACGGAAACAUUUCAUUGGGCAGGUGUGGAUCAGCAGCGACAGUAAUAGCAGCGAGGCGGCACAUCAGUGGACGGACACAAUCAGCCACCCAGAGAAGGUGGUGACCAAGUGGCAUAAGCUGAGCCCCUCCAGUUACUGACGGGUAUAAACCCAGACUAUCACGCUGGAUGACUAUACGGAUGAUGGACUAUUUCUCAUUGGAUGAGGCUAUGGAUUAUGAUGGCGCAGUCAGGGGGGGCCACACAGGGCCCGGAUGUAGGAUACCUCAUUUUGUGCAAGCACCGCCAGGAGCUGUCUCUCAGGACAGCGGUUAUUGCCCCGGGGGUUACCUGUCUCACCCACUGUGGCUUUGUGUCAUAUGUAAUAAUCAUGUUAUAGGAUAAUAUGAGGAUAUAUCAGCUGAGCUGUUUAUUUCAGGCACACAGAGUAGAUACGUAGACAGCUGUGUCCCAGAUUAUAUAACGUUAGCGCAUAUCCACAUAAUCAGUAAUGGAUACUGUAUGUAAAUAGCGAAUAAAACAUUUAUAGGGUUGGUGCAAAAUUUCUACUAAUAGUUUUAAUGACAUUCACAUAGGCGACGGCUGACACUUCCUGACCUGUAGCUGGAUGUAUAUUAGUAUAUAAACUAUAUCCUUUAUUGUGUGGCCAUCUCCAGUAGUGUUUCUGUAUCUGGUGUAUGGACAGGUGCACAGUACCUACCACUUCUGUAGGUCACUGGUAACUCUCAGUCAUUGUUUCUGUAUGUAUGUAUAUAUGUAUAAACAAUGCACAGUAUCA